CACUGGUUAGGGACGCACAGAUAGAGGCCAGGUGACCAGGGUUAUUAAGGAAGUUUGGGUUGGCUGUAGUGAUAACAGGGACGGGUGACAUUGCAAAGUAACAGAGAGAGACAGAACGGUUAACUUUUGGCAGAUUCAAACUUCAGCUUCUGUUCUUCAGAGUCUCUGAUGGACGACACACAGACCAACGUGCAGUGUGAAGAAAAUCCUCCUCCGUAUUUCUCUGUGGUGAAGCCGAAUGAACCCCCUCCUUCAUAUGUGGACAUCCAGCCACUGCCCAGUGCUUCGGCCAUCAUCCCCUACUACAUCCACCACCCUCUGCCCAAAAUACCUGCACCACAAACACCUCAACCUGUUAUAGCUCCUACAGCCAGAGUUCAACCAGCAGACUCGCCCCAGGCCAGGCUAGUGGUGACACGAAGCAAGAAAGCUCGCUGCUAUGGAGGCUCUGGAGGCUCCCUCCUCAUCUUGGUAGUCAUUGGAAUAGCCAUCUGGUUAGGAGUGCAUUACAGUGCAUCGCUGGUGUCUAAAGGCUCAGAAGCGGACACUUGCCCGUCCUCAGCUGUCGGCUGCGAUGGACACAGAGACUGCACGCGGGGCAGCGACGAAACACAUUGCGUGCGGUUCGGUGCAGGAAACGAACUCCAAGUCAUGACUUCAAACUCCAGCCAGUUUCUUCCUGUCUGCUCUGCGGGCUGGAACCAGAGCCUGGCUGACCAAACCUGUCGGCAGAUCGGAUUCAGAGGGAGUUAUCAGUAUGGAUCCUUGUCCUCAACCUCAUCUUGGUUCCUGUCUGUGAGCGGUCAGUCCGCAGACAACAUACAGGGAAGACUUAAAGUCACUUCGUCGUGUCCAGGUCAGCGGACAGCAUCUCUCCUGUGCACUGACUGUGGGUAUCCACACACCUCCUCCAGGAUCGUAGGGGGUAACGUGGCAGGACUGGGUCAGUGGCCGUGGCAGGCCAGCCUGCACUUCUUGGGAUCUCACACCUGCGGAGGCUCUCUGGUGGCCCAGGACUUCAUACUGACCGCUGCACACUGUUUCCCCAAAGACUCCGCCUCUAGGCAAUUGCCUAGUAACUGGCAAGUGUAUUUGGGUGUGGUGUCUCAGUACCUGCUGCCCCUGCCGUACUCCGUAGAGCAGAUCACACUGCAUGAACUGUACAACUCCCAAACCAACGACUACGACAUCGCCAUCCUCAAACUCAGCCAGCCCGCCAACCUGUCCAGUACAGUCCAGCCUGUGUGUCUUCCUGCAUUUGACCAGACCGUCUCUGCAGAUACACAAUGCUGGACGUCAGGCUUUGGUGCCACGUAUGAAGGAGCAGGCUUUGGCUCCAGUAAGCUGAUGGAGGUGGCAGUGGAUAUAAUCGACUCGUCAGUGUGUAACAGUGCUGAGGUCUAUAACGGGCGGAUCACGCAGAACAUGCUGUGUGCGGGAGAUCUAAACGGGGGGAGUGACUCCUGCCAGGGGGACAGUGGUGGUCCACUGGUGUGUCAAGAGACAGAUGGGCGCUGGUAUCUCACUGGAGUGACCAGCUGGGGUGUGGGAUGUGGCCGAAAGAACAGUCCUGGCGUUUACAGCAACGUACACAGCCUGCUAACAUGGAUACACAGCAAGAUGGAGCAAGAGAGGCCCUGACCACACGGCACUAAACGCACUUUACGACAUGUUCGAGGAAGGCACUGCCCCUGACAGUAACACAG